UGCACUGCUGGAGUUGUGACACCGAAGGCUUCCAGCCUUGGCCGAUCAUCUAUCUGCCCCUGCGGCCAUAGACCACGCUCCCAUGUCUUGCCUCUGCUUGCUUUGGGACAGACUCUGUAGAGCCACCAGGCUACCACCCUGGAGGUGACAGCCAUGCUCGGACCUUAGUAUGCCCCAUGAUGCCUCAGCCUAGUUUCUCUUCCCACUUGGACACGAUGUUUGCCAAUUCUUCAGCCAACGCCUCUUCUACCAACAGCUCUGUGCCCCGGUGCCCUGACUACCAGGGUACACAUCGUUUGCAUAUGGUGGUCUACAGCCUGGUGUUGGCGACUGGUCUCCCCCUCAACGCUCUGGCCCUCUGGGUCUUCCUGCGUGUGCUGCGCAUAAACUCGGUAGUGAGUGUGUACAUGUGCAACCUGGCAGCCAGCGACCUGCUCUUCACCCUGUCACUGCCCCUGCGCCUCUCCUACUACGCCCGGCACCACUGGCCCUUCUCGGACUUCCUGUGCCAAACGUCUGGCGCCAUCUUCCAGAUGAACAUGUACGGCAGCUGUAUCUUUCUGAUGCUCAUCAACGUGGACCGCUACGCGGCCAUCGUGCACCCGCUGCGGCUGCGCCACCUGCGGCGGCCCCUCGUGGCGCGGCGGCUCUGCCUGGGCGUGUGGGUGCUCAUCCUGCUGUUCGCCGUGCCCGUCGCCCACGUGCACAGCCCGUCCAUCUGCAGGUACAAGAACAUCACCGUGAGCCUGUGCUUCGAGAGCUUCAGCGAUGAGCUGUGGAAGGCCGGGCUGCUGCCGCUCCUGCUGCUGGCCCAGACACUGGGCUUUCUGCUGCCCUUGGCGACUGUCGUCUAUUCGUCGGGCCGGGUCUUCUGGACACUGGCGAGGCCGGACGCCACUCAGAGCCAGCGACGACAGAAGACUGUGCGCCUCCUGCUGAUCAACCUCAUCAUCUUCCUGCUGUGCUUUGUGCCCUACAACGCCACGCUGGCAGUGUACGGGUUGCUGCGAGCCCACCUGGUGGAAUCCAGCCUUCAGGCCCGCGAUCAGGUGCGCGGUGUGCUGAUGGUCAUGGUGCUGCUGGCCAGCGCCAACUGCGUGCUGGAUCCGCUGGUGUACUACUUCAGUGCCGAGGGUUUCCGAAACACCCUGCGCAACCUGGGCACCGCGCUCCACACCAGGCCUUUGGCUACCAAUGGGGCUAGAGGGGUGCUCACCGAGCCACCCUCAGAAACCACCCAAAACACUGGGCAGGAUGCCACCAGUCAGGGGCUACUCCAGCCGGCCAAUCUGGGAACACCCAUCACCCAGCGCCCCCAGGAUUCAGCCCUCUGAAAGGAUGAAGUGUCACAGUGUAGGCUUGGGUCUCCCUCGAAGGCUUAGGGUGUACAUUUGAGGGAGGUGGGCUGGGAACUUGGACUUGGAACAACUCCAGUCCUAGCGUGCAGAAGGAAACAGGGUAGAAGAAAGGGCAUUGGUGGUAACAGUGUAAGCCUCUGGUUUUUACGCAGAGGAUCCCGGCUCAAGUAUGUAGGAAACCAUGUGGUGAGCAUGUCCUUGGCUAAGGGCUGGUAGAUGGAGCAGAGGAUGGAUCUCCUGCAUUUAGGCCAUCAGUCAGUCUGAGAACUGAAGGUUCCCUGACCUCGGUGGAUCAACUACACAGAGGUUCAUCUGUCAUCUUCAAAAACAAAGCAAAACUCAGGGCUGGUGGUGGGACUUGGAGCCCUCUGCUUGCGCUUGCUGGGCGGGCACAUUCCCACCGAACUCCAUCCCAGCCCUUCCUGGUGCUGCCUUCUGUGCUGACUUGAGGGCCACGCACACCACGCCACGCCACCAGCCCUCACUUCCACUUGGC